GUCGGAAAAAUGAGGAAAAAAAAGAUUGUGCAACGAGUCUGGUCUGGAGGCUGCUGAGUCUCAGAUACGAGAUAGCUGAUGUUUACUUCAUGGUUUCUGAAAAACAGAAACCUUUUAUUUGCUACCGGGAAAUUAUGUGUAUGAAGAUAAAAUGAGAAUACUUUGAUUUUCCUGGUUGAACAUACUUCCAGCAACUUUUCACCUCAAGAAGCAAACAUACUUGGAUGUUGUGAGUCAUGGGGAGCUUUAAGGGCCAUGCACUCCCUGGGAGCUUCUUCCUUGUAGCUGGGAUCUGGUGGUCAGGAAAGUACUCACUCUGGCACGCCACCCGCAGGAACAAGAACAUAGGUUCCACUCGACUGGCCAGCAGAGCCUCUCAGCGCCGCCUGGAGAUCAUCGAAAACUCUGUCAUACUCUUCUUCUCUUUUUUUGGGAUGCUGGCUGAGCAGUUUUUUGCAGAUGGGCCGAGGCUCCACUUGUAUGACUUUGCUGAGAAACACUGGGAACAUCUGAUGAACUGGCAGCAUGCCACCAUGUACUUAUUCUUUGGCCUGGCUGGGACUGUGUCGCUGAUCAUCCACACCACAGAAGCUGCCCCACUGGCACUGGAUAGGUUAAUGCUGGCCAUUGCUUUCUUUAAUGAAGGAUUUCUUUUCCUCUACCACCUCCACGGCAGAAGUAUGCUGGACGUCCAUGUACAUCAGCUCCUGCUCUAUGCCAUCUUUGGAGAGGCUCUUGUCGCCUCCCUGGAGGUCUUCCACCGAGGUAACAUCAUUCUGGAGCUGAUGCGGUGCACCCUCACCGUCCUCCAGGGAAGCUGGUUCUGGCAGAUUGGUUUUGUGUUGUAUCCUCCCAGCGGCCCUGAGUGGGACCUGAAGGAUCCCAGUAAUAUGAUGUUUAUCACCAUGUGUUACUCCUGGCACCUUGCCUUCGCCAUGCUCAUCGUGGCUGUGCUCUAUUGCACUGUCAGCUGUGUGGUUCGCUCCAGAUUGAAGAGGACUCCUCCGAUGGAAAUGGGACUUUUGAAGCCCAGAGAGAGGGACCCAGAGUCAGAGGACGAGAUUUUAUGAAGAGGACAGUUGUUCAUCUACAUUGUGACUCAUGUAUAUCACAGUCAAAUCAGGGAUAUAAUGUUUGCAGCAAUGCAACUAGAAGCAAGGCAUGCAGACAAAAAAGGGAUAAGGACAUGGUUUCUAGAUGCUUUAUUUUAGAAAUACAGUAUAUCUCUACCUCUGCCUUAUUUAAUCAGCUGUACACCCCCCUUUAGCUUUACUUGUAUCGUUCAUCGCUAUUUAUUUAGCUGUGGCCUUAUACUUUUUAUAUAUUCUGUCAUAUUCUUUUACUAUUAAUUUGCACAUACAGGUAAACAUAAACUCCUAAGGGUAAGCUUUACGGAUCGCAUGCUAUUCAUUCGACACACCUUUUUUUGUCAGACAUGUUGGUGUUCUGUGGCGUCAUCUUGUGGUGAAAACAACAAUCAUCAUCAGUUCAACAUACAUUACUUGAACGCAUUUUAUGUGGCUUUUUGUUCCAUAAUGUCAGGAGGAUGAGUCACACAUGUGAGUCAAACCCAUUGCCAAACAAUAAGAAUUUUAUUAAAAUUCUUUAAAUAAUUCA